AUGGCCAGUGCUUAUGCUCAUCCAGUAUCGCACCAGCAGCAGCAGCAGCAGUCUGCCUUUGUCCCGCUCACCGUCUGUACCGCUCAUCUCCACCGCACACAACGACGAGCACAAGACUCGGAUUCGAGCUCGGGAACGUCUGAUGAUGACGACGACGACGAGGAAAUGGCACUCGACCAGCCCAGCCGGGGCCACUCGCGCACCGCUCCCAACAACGGCGAGCGCACGAGAGCACCGAUAGUCGUGACUUAUGGUCCAUUUCAUGCUCCAGACGUCGAUGUCGCAGUUGCUUAUGGUGAAAUGGUCUGCUACCUCUGGUUCUGGCAACCAACCGCGUCCGCCCUCCAAUUACAGCCUCAGCCGCACUUUAUCCACUAUUUGUCAAAGGUCAUUGCCCAGACUCAGCUCUCCAAGACGUGUUUGGUUCUGGCUUUACAUUACAUCUGGCUCCUCAAGCGACCGCUCAUGGUCGGUGCUGCCGGCAAGCACGAAGCAGACAUGGGUCCUGUCAAUGCUCCCAGUGUCCUUGCAGCCUCCCAGGCCCACCAGGGUAGCCAGUACAUGGUCUCUGUUGUCGCCCUCAUGCUCGCCAACAAGUUUAUGGACGAUAAUACAUAUACGAACAAGUCGUGGGCCUCGAUUUGUGGUGUCACCCUCGAAAAGAUCAACGCCAUGGAGCGCGAGUUUCUCAUCGCAAUCAACCAUGCUCUGCACGUAGACGUCAACAGAUUCAUGUCUUGGAUCAGGAUCAUGCAGUCCUUUUUCAUCCAGCGCCAGUCCCGCUUCGAGUCGAGAUCACGUCCCAGACGUCCCCUCCCUCAUGGCCAUCAUCUCGCAGAGCCCAGCGUAUCCUCGUUUGCAACCCCACCACGCUCUCCAGGAUACGCCCGAGCGCGAUCUGCAAGCCCGGACCAGUUCCAGUUUACGUUUGUCCCGCCAACCACCCAUGUGCGACCUGAUACCCAGUCUACACUACCAUCCUCCCUCGCUGGCCGAUCUAUUCACCAUCCAAGACCUCUGACGCAGCACGGAAUGUACGCGCAUCCACGGUCCGACGCCUACGAGUCGGGUAGUGUCUCGUCCUCUUCCUCGCACCACCUUCUCCCUUGGGAUUCCCGCUCCGCGAGAACAGCGGCGUCUGAGACCCAUUCGGCGAGCGCCGUCGAGCCUCUACACCAUCACCUAUUGGAACGCUCCCGAAGUAAACGCUCCGCAUCUCAGGCCUUUAGUCCUCAGUCAGCCGAAGCGCCGCGUCCUCGACCAGAUGACCGCGCUCAGCACCAUCAUCAACAUCAUCAUCAUCAUCAUCUCCAUCCCGCCCGACGAGCUCAUGUCCACCAGCACCAGCACCAUCAUCAUCAUCAUCAUCCACCAGGAGGUCGAAGACUGCAUCAGGUUCAUGAACGACUCGCCUCUCGCCCAACUUCGGCUGUCGAAGCCAAUUUUGCGCGCAUGAGCCUGUCGUCGUCGUCGCUCGCCCCAUCUCCCAUCACAGACGAGCGCACCGCCAAUAAGCGAAACUCGAUGCACGCUUUCCCUCAUCUGACAGCACCGUUUGAUCCGUACACGGCGCCAUCGUUCCGAAACCAAGACUCGGCAGACGGCGAGCCACUCGAGUUGCAGUACUAUCAACUCGUCCAAGGCGGACGCGGCGUGCUUCGCGUGCAGCCCAAUGUAGCUGGUAUACCAUUCCCGGUGGAUGAUGCUUAUGAUCAGCACCUGCAGCAACAGCAACAGCAACAGCAGCAGCAACAGCAGCAGCAGCAACAACAACAACAGCAUUACCACCACCAGCCGGCCGAGUUUGCAUCGCCGUACGACAGACGCGAGCGCGUCCAUAGCACGGGGGCAAUAUCCAAUGGUCCCGAAACUGCAGGGUCACAAAUGAGACGGAUGCUAUACGCUUCGAGCGCGACACAAUCAACAGACGACGAAGAGGGGAUGAGUGGUUCCGAAUCGAGCAAUGGUACCGGUUGGGAGCAUCCGCAAUUCAGCCAAGAACGCUCCUCGGUCCACAUCCCUCAGGAUCAGCAUGGGUAUCUCCAGCCUACGUCCCAACCCCCAGCAAAUGGCACCGGAUACUCAUUGCCCCCGCUGAGUGCAAUCCUCGGAGACGCACCACUUCGAUUCUCGUCCCCGAGCAUGCGUCCAGCAGUGCCUUCGCCAGACGAUCAACACGUCAAGUAUGCACAGUUUGCCAACGCUGGCCCGCCAGCAAGCUAUGGGCCCCAGUGGGGAUUCCAGAUGCCAACGUCGAUGCCCUACCAUGUUCAAUACGCUUCUUUCCAUUCUCCAUCCCGUGGCACACGCUCAGCGAGCAUGCAACCCCGUCAGCACUCGUCGUUGCCACACUCUGCCUACGACUCUCAUCCUCAUCACCGUCCUCACCUACACCACGCACCUGGCGCCGUCGCACCUCACGCCUACUAUUAA